AUGGAUGAUCAAGAAGAUCUCGAGGGAAAGUUACUGGAUGAACCAUCAACAUCAUCAGAAUUGAGUGACACGGAAGAUCCGUUGAUGAAAGAUGAAGGAAUGCAGACAAAAACUCCUUCAAGACCAUCAACACCAAUCGACCAGAUUAGGGGGAUUCCUCGAAUCAAACCCAUUCACAACCAAAUUCCUCUACCCAUAUCAAUGCAGGAAACGUCCAAAGUUGACAAGCGUUUUUAUCUUUUGAGUAUUCCAAUCACUCUAUUCUUUGCGAUAUCUUUUCAAUACGGGUAUACGAACUAUUAUUUGAUGCCUAAAAUGGAGAGAACUCUGAUACAACAAACAAAUACAAUCGACUUGCAAAAAGCACUGUGGCGUCCUCUAUCCAAAUCAGAUCUCUUCUCAUUGCAGAAACCUCAACCAAAUUCUCCAAAAUUCGGCUUUGGCUGGGUAGAAAAAUCAACAAAAACGAUCUUUUCAAACGUUGAAGAUAUCGAAUCGUUUUCUUGGGAGAUUUCCGAUGGUUUAACCUUUGGUAAUCAAAAUUUCCGAAAUGGAACUGCCACUGGUUCAUUUCGAUGGCUGAAUUCGAAAAAUACAUGGACUACGCGGUUCGCUUUGAAAACCGAUGAAUACGAGGAAAAAAAACAAUUUGGAGUCUUUUUCUACUUUCAGGGAAAUGGAGACGAAAAAAUCGUUUCUAUUAACAAGACUUUGCUGAAAGGAAACUCACAACAAAUGGGCAAUUUUUCGCUCUCUCUCGAUCUAUGGGGCGAUGAGAUUAAUUUUUCAACUUUUCAUUUAAAUGAGCUCAAUCUUACUACGAUCAAAAAUGUACUUUUGGAAAACUCUACAAUUGAAACGUCGAAAAAUUCAAAGAUUACUGUUUUCUACACGGAUAUUCCUGCACAAAUUGACUGGGAAUUCUCUUUUCAAACUGAAAAAGAAAAGCCGUACAUUGGAGAGCAAUUCUUUUUGGAGAUGAAUACACGCAUAUCGGAAUUCAACAAGAAAUUUGAAGAAAGAUUUGCACUGAAAGAAAAGAAUUUACCCGAAUUUUACGCGAAACUGGGUGUUUCAUCGCUAUCGAAUUUGCUGAUGGGAAGAAUUUAUCUUGAAGAUUCACCAAUUAUUCAUGGCAAGUACAAUAAAGAAUUUACUUAUGGUACUCUGAACACUAUUCUUCCGUGGGCAUCAAAGGAUUUGAAAGAGACAACUUUGGAGGAUCUCAUUCCAACAAUUCUUGUGCUCAAGCAUUUUGAUUCAAGCUUGGCUCUAAAGUAUCUCGAAUCGUGGCUGAAUAUUGCAAAUGAACACCUCCAAAUUCUGCCCAAAAUCACUGACAAGCCUAUAGAAUUGAAUGACAACAUUUACCCACAAAUAUUUUUUGCUUUAGAUCAACUGUUCGACUCCCAGUUUUUGGAAAAGUACUCGGAUCAACUUUUAAAUCUCUAUCCUCGACUAGAAAAGUAUGCAAAUACAAUCCAUGAGGAGAUGAAGACUGAUCAAAAUGGACUUUUUUCUUGGCCACAAAACGUGAACUUCUCAAUUUUUGGUGCGCAUGCUAGAAAAGAGGGAGCACAUAUUGACGCACAAGUUUGGCUAUAUUACACAGGAAAAACAAUGCAGAAAUUAUCAACUCUCUUUGGUUCAAAUCAAGAAAAAUAUCACUGGAAGAGCAUGCUUGACGAAGUUUCUAAGCAGUGGCAUCGUUUCAAACAUGGAGGACGGUUCUGUGAUGUUGAGUUUGUCAAGCCAAACACGGAUUUAAAGACGGCAUCUACCGAGAAGUUUUAUAAUUGCAAGACCGGAAAAGCCGUUCUACCAAUAUUACUGGGGUUGAAUGAGACGAGUCACGAAGAAUUUGACAAAAUUCUCUUGGAGCUACUUGAUGCGAAAUGGUUAACUAGUGUUGGAAUCAGAGAAAAAGAGUCGAUAGGCCAAGUAAAUAUCCUCUUCAAUUAUUGGGUUCUUCAAUCGGCUUUCAAUCACAUUCAUGAAAGUGGACCUCACCAGAGUGAUGCUCAUCAAUUAUAUGGAAAUCUGCGAUCCACCAUCAUUUCAGCUCUUGCCAAUCUGUUUACGUCAAACGGCCUUCUUUUUGACUCAUUUGAUCCAUUAACUUCAAUGGGUGUUCCUCCAAGAAAUCCCACUUCCACUUCAAUUCUGCUUUUGAUUUUGGCCGAAAAGUAU